GAUACGUUGUUGAUAUAUUUGAGCCCACUAUAAUACUUGAAUUUUGUAAUCAAAUAGAAUGCAAAUUUAUACAAAUCAAAUUUUUUUUUAAAACUCAUGAUAAUUUUCUUCUCGAGUUUUAAUGUUUACUACUAUUACCACAUGUUUUCAAAUGAAAUACAUUUGGUUUUCUAGUAAACUCUACUAUUAUUAUUGAAUCAAAAUAAUGAAUGUUUGGAUAAGUAAAAGUGUUGAGAAAUUUAUCAAAUUAUAAAAUAUUCCAAAAUUGGUAAUGACAUAAUGGAUUCAUUUCUGAAAAUUGAAGUUGGAACGAGUGUGAAUAUCAAAAGAACUGAUGGCCGAGUUCACUCAGCAAUUGUUUCUGGCGUCAACUGGGAUCAACGCAGCGUCACAGUGGAAUGGUUUGAAAGAGGCGAAACGAAGGGAAAAGAGGUUGAAAUUGAUGCACUGUUUUCCCUCAACCCGGAACUUAAUUCCAACCAACUUCCGUCAUCGAAUCAAUCUUCUAGUCAAGUACCAUCAACAAACACCAAAUCAAAGUUUCUGACGAAAUCAUCAAUUGCUACGAAAGCUGUUGCCAAUAAGCCAUCUUCAAGGCAAAUUAAUAGACCCACGAAUAUAAUGCCGAAUUCUUCUAAUGGAAAUGAAGAUAAUCAAAACUGUCAAUAUUCUGGUCGUCGCGAAAUUGAAAAUAUACCACCAACUCCUACUACGUCAACCACGUCUGUACCAAAUUCUUGUGCUUAUAAACAAAAAGUUCAAACCCAUCAUCAACAAUUUUUAGAUAACGGUAGAAAUCGUCGAUCAAAUGUUGUCAAAGAGGUUGAAAGAUUGAAGAAAAACCGAGAAGAAAGACGGCUACGUCAAGCCGAAUUAAAAGAAGAAAAAGAAGCCCUUAUGAAUCUUGAUCCAGGAAAUCCAAACUGGGAAUUUUUAGCUAUGAUAAGAGAAUAUCAAAACAGCAUUGAAUUUCAUCCUUUGAAUGAAGAUGAUCCUGUUGAAGAUCAUCAAAUCACUGUAUGCGUUCGAAAACGACCAUUAAAUAAAAAAGAAAUUGCACGAAAAGAAAUUGAUGUUGUAAGUAUUCCGAGGAAAGAUCAAAUUGUGGUUCAUGAACCUAAAGCAAAGGUUGACUUGACUAAAUACUUGGAAAACCAAAUGUUCAGAUUCGAUUAUGCUUUUGAUGAAUCCUGUUCAAAUGAAACGGUUUAUAAGUAUACUGCAAAAUCUUUAGUAUCAACCAUAUUUGAAGGAGGCAUGGCCACAUGUUUUGCUUACGGUCAAACUGGUAGCGGGAAAACCCAUACGAUGGGCGGCGACUUUAAUGGUAAAGUUCAAGAUUGCAAAAAAGGAAUAUAUGCUAUGGUUGCAAAAGAUGUAUUUAAGUGCCUUAAAAUGACAAAAUACCGUCCUCUGAAUUUAAUAAUUUCAGCGAGUUUUUUUGAGAUUUACUCAGGGAAAGUAUUUGAUUUACUUGCAGACAAAGAAAAACUAAGGGUCUUAGAAGAUGGAAAACAACAAGUACAAAUUGUUGGACUAACUGAAAAAGUUGUUGAAAACUGUGAUGAAGUUUUGAAGUUAAUACAGCAUGGUAACGCCGUAAGGACGAGUGGUCAAACAAGUGCAAACACAAACUCAUCAAGGUCUCAUGCUGUUUUUCAAAUAAUAGCCCGCACUCAAGGAAUGCAUAAAAUCCAUGGAAAAUUUUCUCUCAUUGAUUUAGCUGGUAAUGAACGUGGUGCUGAUACGUCUUCUGCUAACAGACAAACUCGAAUGGAAGGAGCUGAAAUAAAUAAAUCUUUAUUGGCAUUAAAAGAAUGUAUUCGAGCUCUUGGACGAAAAGGCACUCAUCUUCCAUUUAGAGCAAGCAAAUUAACGCAAGUUUUGAGAGACAGCUUCAUCGGAGAAAAAUCAAAGACUUGUAUGAUAGCAAUGAUAAGUCCUGGCAUGACUUCUUGUGAACAUUCAUUGAAUACCCUACGUUAUGCUGAUAGAGUAAAAGAAUUAGCUGCAUCUGAACCAACUGAAAUAAAAACAAUUUCAGAAAAUCAAAAAGUAGCUGAAUUCCAAGACCAACCUGAUGAUAAUGUAAUGUCUGAUAGCGAUUUAGCUCAACUUAUAUCAUUGAACGAGGGUGAAUUAUCUCAAGAUUUAUAUACAUUUCAUGAAGCCGUCUCAGCUUUGCAAUUAUUGGAAGAUGAGGUUUUGGACUCACAUAAACUUGUCAUGGAUGAUUCAACUAAAUUUUUAAAUGCAGCUCACAGCUUAUUUAGCAUGACUCACGAAGUUGAUUAUGAUCAAGAAGAUUAUGCAAAAAAGUGGGAGGCAGUGAUGUUAAAACAAAGAGAUCUGUUGAACGAAGCACUGAAACAGGUUCACCAAUUUCGAACCCAACUUAUGCAAGAAGAAGAGAUAAGUCAAAAAAUGACGCACACUCAGAAUUUAAAAUUUGUCUAAAUUGUAUGUAUUACAGUUGAAAAAAAUUUUAUUCACCAAUCCAAAUUCAUUCACGAUUUUUACGAACAAAGGUGUAAAUAAUUUUUUAAAUUAUUGUAAAUGUAUAAAUAAUAAUGUAAUAUAUAAAUUACUCAAUAGAUAA